UUUCCUAGUUCUGACUAGGAUAUGAAUGUGGCAUUUGUUGCCGAAAUUUUAUGACGUCAUAUGUGGCUUCUACAAGCUGGUGGUGCCGGAAGAAAAGAUGGCGGAUCAUGAAGAGCAGUUAUCUGAUGAGGAGAAGGUACGCAUAGCAGCAAACUUUGUCAUCCACGCCCCACCGGGAGAGUUCAACGAAGUUUUCAAUGAUGUACGAUUGCUGCUCAACAAUGACAAUCUGCUCAGGGAAGGUGCAGCACAUGCUUUUGCACAGUACAACGUGGACCAGUUUACCCCGGUGAAAAUAGAGAGAUAUGACGAACAGGUCUUAAUCACAGAGCAUGGAGACCUGGGCAAUGGGCGGGUCCUUGACCCUAAAAACAAGAUCUCCUUUAAGUUUGACCACCUGAGGAAGGAGGCCAGUGACCCACGGCCCCACGAUGUGGAUGGCGCCAUGGAGGGCUGGAGGAGUGCUGUGGAUGGUGCUGUCCGGGCCUACGUCAAGGAGCACUACCCCAGCGGAGUCUGCACCAUUUAUGGCAAAACCAUAGACGGACAUCAAACCAUCAUCGUGUGUAUCGAGUGCCAUCAGUUUCAACCAAAAAACUUCUGGAACGGACGUUGGAGGUCAGAGUGGAAAUUCACAAUUGGCUCCUCCACCACUCAAGUGGCCGGCAUCAUGAAAAUCCAGGUUCAUUACUAUGAAGACGGCAACGUUCAGCUGGUCAGCCACAAAGAGGUCCAGGAGUCGAUGUCCAUUUCUAACGAAGCUGCAACUGCAAAGGAGUUCAUUAAGAUCAUUGAGGCUGCAGAGAACGACUACCAGACUGCCAUCAACGAGAAUUACCAAACCAUGUCGGACACCACUUUCAAAGCCUUGCGCCGCCAGCUUCCCGUGACGCGCACCAAGAUCGACUGGAACAAGAUCCUGAGCUACAAGAUUGGCAAGGAGAUGCAGAACGCUUAACAAACAAAAUGGAAAACCCCAACAUUGCAUGACUGGAUUGUUGUAUUGUCUUUGUACAAAUUAGAUAAAUGGGGGGCAAAAAAAGGUUUGGUCUCACUGAAAAAAGUCUACUUUUAUGAAUGCUUUUAUACAGACACUGUUAACUUAAUCUGUAUAAUACAUAGGUGAUAAUCAUGAUAUUAUUAUUGGCAAAAUAGGAUGUGGAGGACGACGUAGUACAUAAAGGAGAGGGUGGAGCAUAAUACGUCUCAAUGUAUGUGCAAUAUUUAUUAAUAUGGUGGUGAGCCCACACCUUUUUCUUUGACCCAAAGAAAAACAAUUCCAAUUGUAAUGACGAAACUAUUAUUUUUUUGAGGAGUAUCACUGUAAAAUAUAUUUAGAGUAGGACUUUAUUGGCAAGUACAGGAUAAGAGAAUCCUCUACUGUACAACACGGUUACUGUCUCAUACUGUAAAGAGUCCCUCAGUCGUGUUCAAUUGCUCGUACUUCUAUGACAUCAUAAUGACAUCUUUUUUGCACAAGCGGUUAGUCACCUUUGCCAAUGUCGACCACUCAAGGUUCUUGUUACACUUCAUAUUGGUACUCUCCCCACGGUUUGCCUCAUACGUGAACAUCUCAAGCUUGCGACCCUCCUGGCUAAAUUGCAGUUUAACUCCCUGACUUCUGAACUUAAUGUUCAUUUAGCAAAAAAGGAGAAACUGAUAACUUGACACACUUAAUUAAUUAAGUCUUUAAUUGCUAGUAAAUGUGGAUAAUGUUGAAUUUAAAUUUACAAUAAAAGGUAAAAGUAUCACUUUCUCCCCCAAUGCUUAUUUUUGUAUUAAAACAGAUCUGACUCAUAACAUGGCACAUUGUAAUAUAUACCUGUAUUAAACAUCCUUGUCUGA